GCAGAGGCUACUCAGGAGCUCAGAAGCUGCUGGCAUCUCAGGCACCUCAGGCUGAAACACCGGCAAGAGCCAUGAGCAACAAAGCUGGGACCGAUCUGACAGUCACUGGGAUUGACUUUCUCAAGAGCCAGAACUCCAGCCUGCACCACACGGAUGCGUACAACAUCGAGAACCUGGUGGUGCGACGUGGGCAGGACUUUCAGCUCCAGCUCAGCUUCAGCAGGGAGCUGAAGGAUGCCGACAAGCUGGUGCUGCAUUUCGGCAUCGGUGAGAAGCCAAAUAAAACCAAGGAAACCCUGAUAGCGCUGAAUGCGAGGCAGAAGCGGGACGUCAGCGGGUGGCAAAUCUCCAUUGUCAAGAACAGCGGCAAAGAGUGCCUGCUGUCUGUCACCAGCUCGCCCGAGGCCAUGGUGGGAAAAUACACCUUGAACGUGAAGACUGGGACUAACAUUUACAAGCCCCAAAACAACACUGUCUACCUUUUGUUCAAUCCUUGGUGCAAAGAUGAUGCCGUCUUCCUGGCUGACGAGGCACAGAGAAGGGAGUAUGUGCUCAACGAUACAGGCUACAUCUAUGUUGGGUCUGCAUACAGGAUAUACAAUAGACCCUGGAAUUUUGGGCAGUUUGAGGAACUCAUCUUGGACACCUGCAUAUAUCUGCUGGACAAAAGUAAACUCAAGAUAAGCUUUAGAAGGGAUCCUGUGCUUGUGUCCAGAGUCAUGUCUGCUUUGGUUAAUUCCUACAAUGACAACGGCGUCCUGAUGGGGAACUGGUCAGGGAAUUACAACAACGGGACCUCCCCUAUGGAUUGGAUUGGGAGCGUCUCAAUUUUGCAGAAGUACUACAAAACGAAGAAGCCAGUCCGUUACGGUCAAUGUUGGGUAUUCUCAGGAGUUCUCACUACAGUCAUGCGGUGCUUGGGGAUCCCAUCCCGCUGCGUGAGUAACUUCAACUCAGCACACGAUACGGAGGAGAACCUGAGAAUUGACAUUUACCUGAAUGAAGUUGGAGAAAAGGUGGACGGGAUAUCCUUGGACUCCAUCUGGAACUUCCACGUGUGGAACGAUGUCUGGAUGAAGCGGAAGGACCUGCCGGCAGGGUUUGAUGGCUGGCAGGCAAUUGAUGCAACCCCUCAGGAGGAAAGUGAAGGUAUUUUCCAGUGUGGUCCAUGCCCACUGAAGGCUAUCCGAGAAGGGGAGGUGUAUUUGCCCUUCGACAGCAAGUUUGUGUACGCAGAAGUGAAUGCUGACAAAGUCUACUGGGUUGUCAAGAAGGUGAACGGCAAGGAUAAGUACAUCAAGGUUAACACGGAGACCCAAGGCGUUGGCGUGAACAUAAGCACAAAAGCCGUGGGGCAGAACACGCGGGAAGACAUCACUGCACAGUACAAGUUCCCUGAAGGCUCCAAAGAGGAAAGGAAGGCCAUGCAGAAUGCUUCCUCCUUCCUACACGCGAGAAUAAGACCCCGUGCACUCUUCUUUUCGUCUGUGGCCACGGAUGAUGUGGACUCCAGGCCUGCGGUCUCAUGUGAGAAGGUCUCCAAGACUGGGCUCCAGCUUGAGAUAACCAAUAAAGCUUUGUAUCCUGGCAAUCCCCUUGAACUGGCCAUCACAGUGAAGACCUCUACUCCUGGCAGCUGGACCAUCAAUCUGGCCAGCUCCUGCCAGCUGCAGUCCUAUACUGGGAAAGUUGAGGGCAGCCUUGGAUGUGUCAAGGAGACCAUCAAGCUUGAAGGCAAAUCUGAAAUGCAGGUGCCUCUGAAAAUUGCGGCCGAUGCGUACAUGAAGAUGCUGGCCUCGGUGGAAGACGAAGCACUCAUCCACGUCACUGCCAUUGCUGAGGUCCAGGGGACAGAUGACAAACUCACCAAGGAGACGACCAUGAGCUUUGAGUACCCCCCCAUCACCAUCCAGAUGCCAGAAACAGCCAAACUGAACAAGGAGUUUGCCUGUGCCUUCAUCUUCAAGAACAAUCUGAACAUGCCUCUGAACAACUGCAAGCUGCUGGUGGAAGGCCUGGGCAUGUUUAAGAUGACAGAGUUUGAUGAGGGGGAUGUAGAGCCUGGUAAGAUCAUUAAGUCUGAAGUAAUAUGCACUCCGAUCAGACCUGGAGAGAAGAAAAUGGUGGCCAAGCUGACCUCGACCCAGAUCAAAGCGAUCUCUGUGGAGAAGACCAUCACCAUCACCGAGUAGGAUCGGUGCCUCGGUGCAGCGUAAGCGGCGGCCUCACUAAACGCGUAGCACCGCUGCGUAUCUCAGGCACUUCUUGCCUCCCUUGCUGGCUGGAUAGUAAUCUCAAAGUAAAGCGCAAAAUCUCAUUAAGCUAAGGGAAUUAAACUGACUU